UAGUAUUAAUAUGCUCGUUGAUCUCGUACGGUUCCUCUAUAACUACUGGUGAUAGAGCUUCCCAACGUGUGGCCUCUCUGAAAGUGUAUAAGAGUAGGAGAAAGACACGUUAGCAGACAGAUGGGGGAACCUCCUGUUCAUGGUGCUGGGGCAACACAAACUCAUGAUUCACCAAAUAGACAUGGAGAGGGCAACAAUAUUCCUACAAGUCCUACAAGAAGUCAAAUGGCAAGUCCUCCCCCACCCAUAGGGAUGUGGCGAGUUCUCCUUUUGGAGCUGGUAGACAUGGAGAAGAUAGCAGUAUUCUUACAAGCGGUUGUAUGGCGAGUCCUUCGCCCCUUCCAUAGGGAUGGGAUGGCUAAACAUGGAGAGGGCAGCAAUAUUCCUACAAGUCAUCGCAUAGGGAUGUGGCAGGUUCUUCUCGUGGAGCGAGUCCAACCCGAUAGGAUGAGGCGAGUCAUUCUCGUACUAAUGAAGAGAGUCCAAAUACAAGGUAUUUUAGAAACAAGAGCUAUUUUCCCUUUAUAAGGCAACUAAACCCGUUUGUUCUUUUGUUAAUUUGAGAUCCUUUAGUGUUUGUGCACAAAAAAAAGUACUUAGGAUUUUCAGUUUUCUCAAUACAAGAAUAUAUGGAUAUCUUUUUAAAAGCGUACC